GUAAAUUCCCAGUAUGGUCAAAAAAACUUGACGUUCAUAACCAAGAGCGGGAUAUGAAGCACGGUUAUGCAUAUGGGUUCCGGCUUGCUAGGCGAGUUCCUGUAAGCUAUCAUUUGAUGCGAAAUAAUCCUGCCUCAGCUGUGAUACGACCUCAAAGUAAACUGGGGUUUUUUAUGCAUGUUGAUCUGUUGCUCUUGGCCCUCUUUGCUCUUUCAUUUGUUGUUGUGGCAAAAGACCAUUAG